UGCAGUGAUAUUAUGAAGAUCAGUCAACCACAGUCAUUGAGAGUGCCCAUCGAGUGCCUGGCACCGUACUAGAUUUUUCCUGGGCUCAAGGAGUUUGUAGUCUUUACUGAGAGAAUAUUUUUGAAGUGCUUUGAGUGCUGAAAAGUAAAACUCAUAACUACAAGCCUUCUGUUGAGUCUUCAAGUCCAGGCGGUUCAGCAACAUCAGACGACCAUGAAUUUGACCCAUCAGCUGACAUGCUGGUUCAUGACUUUGAUGAUGAACGGACAUUAGAAGAGGAGGAAAUGAUGGAAGGAGAAACAAAUUUCAGUUCUGAAAUAGAGGAUCUUGCAAGGGAAGGAGAUAUGCCAAUUCAUGAGCUUCUUAGCCUUUAUGGCUAUGAUAAUUCUGUCCCACUACCUGAGGAAGAUGAGGAGGAGGAAGAAGAGGAAGAGGAAGGUGAUGAUGAAGAAGAUGAUGUGGAUAACGAUGACAAUAGUGGAUGUAGUGCAGAAAACAAAGAGGAGACCACAAAGGACUCUUCGGGCCAAGAGGAUGAAACUCAGUCCUCCAAUGAUGACCCAGUUCAAUCUGUUGCUUCACAAGAUGCCCAGGAGAUAAUCCGUCCACGCCGAUGUAAAUAUUUUGAUACAAACAGUGAAAUAGAAGAAGAAUCUGAAGAAGACGAAGAUUACAUUCCAUCGGAGGACUGGAAAAAGGUGUUGUGUGAUGGCCAGAGGGAGAAGAGGUCCCUGGAAAUUAUGGUGGGUUCCAUGUUUCAAGCUGAAAUUCCAGUUGGCGUCUGUAAAUACAAGGAGAAUGAAAAAGUGUAUGAAAACGAUGACCAGCUACUUUGGAACCCUGAUUUCUUGUUUGAAGAAAAGGUGAUUGAAUUUCUCAACGAAGCAUCCAGGAGAACAGGAGACGAGAAAGGUGUGGAAGCAAUUCCUGAAGGAUCUCAUAUCAAAGAUAAUGAACAGGCAUUGUAUGAAUUGGUUAAGUGCAAUUUUGAUACAGAAGAAGCACUGAGAAGAUUAAGAUUUAACGUAAAAGCAGCGAGAGAGGAACUCUCUGUUUGGACAGAAGAAGAAUGUAGAAAUUUUGAGCAGGGAUUAAAGGCAUAUGGAAAAGAUUUCCAUUUGAUUCAAGCUAAUAAGGUCCGAACGAGGUCAGUUGGGGAGUGUGUGGCAUUCUACUACAUGUGGAAAAAAUCUGAACGUUAUGAUUUUUUUGCUCAGCAAACACGAUUUGGAAAAAAGAAAUACAAUCUUCACCCUGGUGUAACGGAUUAUAUGGACCGGCUCUUAGAUGAAAGCGAGAGCGCCGCUUCUAGCAGAGCACCGUCCCCUCCUCCCACGGCUUCAAACAGUAGCACCAGCCAGUCGGAGAAAGAAGACGGCACUGCGAGCAACAGCAAUCAGAAUGGGGUCUCCUCCAAUGGGCCGGGUGAAACGUCAAGCAAAGAUGAUGUAAAAGCAGAAGGCCCGCACGUCAACGGACCGACAGGUGGCCCCAAGAAGCCCCUUCACCCGGACACCGACACAAACGGUUAUGAGACGGAGAACCUGACCAGCGACCCCAAACUAGCGUACGUGACUGUCAGGAACGAACCUGAUUUUGAAGACAAACACGAGAGACCUGCCAAGAGGCGCAGGAUUAGCAGCAAUGGAAAGGAAAGUCCGGGUUCCUCCGAGUUUUUCCAGGAUGCGGUCCCCCAUGGAAAAUUAGAAGAGCUGGAAAACAGAGACGACUAAAAUGGAGAGCCAUUUUUUUUCUUUAUUCCUCGGAGUAAAUUCUGUUGAGAGAAUUUUCAGGGUUAAUGGGUUACCUUAAGAAAUUGAUUUCCUUAAAGCAGUCAAAGCGAGAUGUUUUGUUUCUUUCAUAUGAUUGAGAUUUCACGUGACAGUAACCGCUACUGCCCAUUUUGAACUUGGGUGACUUUUCAAGGCCCUCUUAAAGCUACUAGAGAAGCUCUCUAGUGACUUGGAGUGAAUCCACCUCCCAGGCUGAUUCCCCAUUACCGCGUUAGCGAGGGAAGGGGGAGUUGGUCAUUGUUUUUUUUUUUGUUUUUUUUAAGAACGCUUGAUUCAGAUUUCUGCCUGAUGAUUUUUUCUGGUGUUUCUUUAAAAUGCCUCGGAGAUUUGAGACUCUAGAGACGAGCAGUCACCACUUUUCUCCCUAUACGUCCUGGAUAUCAGAUGGUUAAGGAAACCCCUAUAAAUCCUGAAAGUGAUGCAAGCACGAUUUUUAUAUAAAGAAGUUAAAAAACUAAACCAAGUCAGGUUUGUAUAUGUAAAAUUGUUGACAUCAAUGAUGUCUGUCCAUAUUCUUAUCUGGGCUUAAGAAAUACAUUCUGUAUUUUUCCAGAUUUCUUUGUAGCCUUUGAAAGAUUUUUACAGUACUUAUGUCUUGAUUGAGCUGUCCUUUCAUAAUACAAAAGCUUGUAUAAUUUUCUUAACUUGUACAGUUGGUAAACUUUUAUGGGAAUUGAUAUUUGAGUCUGUCAGCUUCAUUUUAUUUUGCUAAAAGUCUUUUUCUAAUGGAUUUUUAUGUUUGUGUAGUAUCUGAGUCAUGGUUAUGGCAUUCACCUAGAACUGUGAAAAACUGGUUUUUCAGAUUUCUACUUUCUGGUUUGAGAAAGUUAUGCAUGAUACUCGUCUUGCACACACUUUUUUGCAUUGGUUAGACAAUUUCAGAUUUAUUUUUAAAGCAAAACAAAAAGCUUAAUGUGGGUUAAGUGCUUACAUUUACUAAACCUUAUUGGCCAGACUCCUGCUCAAUUUAUUUUUAUAUACAUAUAUAUAUAUAUAUAUGAUAGCUAUAUAUAUAUAAAAUAUACACUUCUUUGCAUCUAAAGGAGCACAGCGGGCAAGUGGUGAAGUGAUUUUGGUUGCCGGAAGGAGGAGAGCGUGCAUUCGCAGUCCACGGGGCCUCCCUGAAAUAAGCCGUCAGGGAAGAGAGAGGAUCAAUCACUUUUGGGCGGGGAGAGGGAAGCUAAAGAAGCUUUAAAGCUUUUGUACCUUCAGGGUGACAGUUUUUAGUUCUGAAAGGGCAGCCACCUCAAAGCUUUAACGGUCACGGAACCCAAGUCGGAUCUAAAACGGGACGCCGUAACGUGAGUAGUUAUCGAGCUCGUUCAUUUUUUUUACAGGCUUACACGAAUAUUUUAAUCCUGAUGAAUAAUUCUUGAUUUCCGAUUUCACCUGCUCGCAAGGCGAAACGUGGUCCUCUUAUUUGAGCGUCUCUGAAGGGCCGAGCCAGGUACAAGGUAAACGAUUAAAACAAGGUCCCUGGUCCACGACCUAAGUCUGCGAAGCACACCGGUGUCAGAAAGUACGGUCUCUGGUGGUAUAAUCUCAAAUGCUUUCUCCGCCAACUGUGGUAUCGUACUCUCCCGAGCAGUAAACGCUCGGAAUAUGCCACCGAUCGAUUUGUUGCACCAGUGUGAACCUUUUAAUUUUGCAAAGCAGUGUUCAGGGUCGUUUGUUAAAAGCUGUUUCAGACGACGGACAAUUCACCGCUUCUCCAUGUUACGCUAAGAAGCCACAGCCGGAAAACGGUAGCGGGGCAGAGAUAAUGGGGAGAAGCGCUGUUAGUCCAUCCUGACCGAGCUCAAGGAAAGUUGACCUCAUCCAGAGUGAACCGGAGAAAGGGUUCCAGACAGAGGAUGGGGCUGUGCUCUUAAAAUCACUGCGAGGUUAAGCCGAGAUUUCACUUUUUUUCACGGAUUUCACUGCGUUUUGUGAAUGCUUGCAAACCGAUUUUAUAGAAAAGUUUGUAAGCCGAGUCUCCUCAGGCCCGUUUGCAUGUGUGGCGUUGCACACAUGGCAGAAGUAUUGCUUUUUUUUUUAACCUCGCCUUCUAAAGUUUGCCUCAAGAAAAAGAGGAAAAAAAAAAGACAUUCCGUAAUCGGUUUUUGUGGAGUGAUGCUCAGCUUUUCUUUGCAGUAUAUUUCAUUGCAUUUUGCCUAUGCAGGUAUUUUACCCGGUGUCCAAAACGCAGCCACUCUAACUUGGCGAGUCAUUGCACUAGUAGUAUUUUCCAGGUUUUUAAGAAGUAUAUGGAAAGGAUCGGCUGGGGAUCUGUUCGUAUCGACCGCGGAUACCGUAGGUUAUCGGAGCAAGGCCGACGACGCUACCGUUCGGAGGCAGAGGCUUCCCGGAACCCUGCUGUCGCGCCUCGUAGACGACAACGGAAAAAGCCUAAACGUGUUGGAAAUGCUCAUUAGGUCUUCAAAACUUUUCUCAUGCAGAGUAAUUUUGCACUGUAAUUACCUUCUGUUCCUUCCGCGCUCCCAGUCUGCAAUUCCGAAGAAGCUAAUUAAAAAUAUUUUUUUAAGCAUA